AGGGCUAAGGGAAUUCCACCCGGUGACCCUUGCCUCUUAGCGCCCGGGAUGUGCUGCGGGACACGCCCUCGUCCUGCCAGGCGCUGCGCCUUUAAGGUCCGCUGGGGGCGUGCUGCCGGCGGCCGCGGCGCGGAGGGCGAGCGCGGCAGGCAGCGCGGUGGCUCGCGGGCUGGGCGCGGAGUGGGACCUGCGGCGCGCUCGCCCGGCCAUGCCCCGCAGACGCUGAGCGGGCCCCGCCGCGGCCCGGGGAGGGCGAGGCGCCGCGCGGCACGGCCAUGGGCAGCUUCCAGCUGGAGGACUUCGCGGCGGGCUGGAUCGGAGGUGCAGCCAGCGUCAUCGUCGGCCACCCUCUGGACACAGUCAAGACUCGCCUGCAGGCUGGCGUCGGCUACGGGAACACCCUCAGCUGCAUCCGCACCGUGUACCGGAGGGAGAGCGUGUUCGGCUUCUUCAAGGGCAUGUCCUUCCCCCUGGCCAGCAUUGCCGUCUACAACUCGGUGGUGUUUGGGGUCUUCAGUAACACGCAGAGGUUCCUCAGCCAGCACCGCUGUGGGGAGCCCGAGGCCAGCCCUCCCCGAACACUGUCAGACCUGCUACUGGCCAGCAUGGUGGCCGGCGUGGUCUCUGUCGGGCUGGGAGGGCCCGUGGACCUCAUCAAGAUCCGGCUGCAGAUGCAGACACAGCCGUUUCAGGCAGCCAACCUCGGUCUGAAGUCCAGGGUGGCAGCUCUGGGGGACCAGCCGGCGUACCAGGGACCUGUGCACUGCAUCGCAACCAUCGUGCGGAACGAGGGCCUGGCAGGGCUGUACCGGGGGGCCGGGGCCAUGCUGCUGAGGGACGUCCCAGGCUAUUGCCUCUACUUUAUCCCCUACGUGUUCCUGAGCGAGUGGAUCACACCUGAGGCCUGCGCAGGCCCCAGCCCCUGCGCCGUGUGGCUGGCGGGCGGCGUGGCGGGAGCCAUUUCUUGGGGGACAGCCACUCCUAUGGAUGUCGUGAAAAGUCGACUCCAAGCUGACGGGGUUUAUUUCAACAAAUACAAAGGUGUCCUGGACUGUAUCUCCCAGAGUUACCAGAAGGAAGGACUUAAAGUGUUUUUCAGAGGCGUCACAGUGAACACCGUGCGGGGCUUCCCCAUGAGCGCGGCCAUGUUCCUCGGGUACGAGCUCUCGCUGCAGGCUCUGCGCGCGGACCACGCGGAGACCAGCCCCUGAGCACCAGGUCUGGGGCUGCCCCUCCUCAUCCACCGGCAGACGCAGCUCUAAAAUGCCACCAGCGAUGGGUGGUGCUCUGGGUCCCAGUGACCGAGUCGCAGAAUCUACCUGUUUGCAGCCAGCUCUCCCACCCGUCUGCCCGCCCAGCAGCUUCGACAGCCCGUGGGGAGAAGGGCUUUUAGCUCCACUGCGCAAAUGCCGUGACCCGCACCCAGAAGUGAGGACUCGAACCAGGGUGCCCACCCCUGCCCACAGAGGGCACCGUCUCCCCGCUCCCCCAGUGAACUUCAGAGCCUGAGUCUGAGAGCCACCCACGGGCUCCCAAAGCCCUGGAGGACAGGUCUCUGCCACCAUUCCUUCCCUCCUACACCCUCUCCUUUUCCCCUCUCUCAAUGCAGAAAGAUCUCUGCAGCCUGAGUGAUCUCCCAAAAACAGCAAUCUGAGCAAGGGACUCCCUUGCUCAAAUGCCCUCAGUGGCUCCCAUUGCCCUAGAUAAAGCCUGUCCUCACCACUUCCCUUCUCCAGCCUCUCCUGUCCUCCCUCUCACCUCUGGGUCUCUGCCCAUGCUGCUCCCUCUGCCUGACACCCUCUUGCUCCUUUCAACUCUCCAUCCUCCAGGCCCUGGGGCAGAAGCCUCCUCCCCAGGACACCUGCUUGGUUUCUCAGCUGGGAUGACUUGUGCCUGCUGUAACCCCUCCCCCUUCCCCACCGCCUGCACCGUGACCCCCUCAGCCCCAGGCAGUGCUGCAGCGCUCUGUCCACUGGCGUUGCUGGUGCCUGGCGCAGAGCCGGGCACACGGGUGGCUCUGCUACAUCGCUGGAUGGUGGGCCAUCAGCCUCCAGUGUCCCCUCCGGGCCUCCUCUUCCUCCUCUGGCUUUUUCUCCUUUGUUUUUCCUUCUCUGGCCCUAAACUGUUACCUGUGAAGCUCAGAAGACAAGGUGGGGUGAGUCACUGAACUUUCUAGUCAACCAAUACCAUUUCACUUCAGGCUUGGUUAUAAAAAUUCUCCCAAGAAGGAUGGUCUUCAUCAGGAAGGUCUAGAAAACCCCACUGCUGCCUCCCCCGCGGGCCGGCAGGGGUGCUCGUGGGGCAGCAGAGCCCCGCUGGGGUGCAUGGGUGGUACCAGAGCCUGGACGCAGGGACGGGCACGGCCCACCAGGCUGGCUGGAGUGAGCCCAGGACAAGCCCUAGAAGCUGGCUUUAAAUAAAUAGCUCUUUACUGAAGCACCGACAUUCACAGCUUUGCUGGCUCUUUGUCCUUCCUGAUGAAAGGGAAGGGGAGCACCGCGUUUUGCGUGACUGAACACACGGGGGAGGAGUUGCUGCACUCCAGCGAGGUCCAGGCAGGGAAGGGAAUUUCUUUUGUUUUUAUGGCUGUGCUCAGAGAUCGGCCAUUUCCCUCUUUUAACAGAUAGAAGUAACCUUUAAAAAAUCCUAUCAUAACGUCAAUGCAUUUUUAUUGGAAAAAGAAUAGAAAAUACAAAUAAACAGAACAAAAUAAAAAUAUCUGUCAUUGCAAGACCUUGUUAUUAUUCUUCCAAGCGUGUCUUACGUGUAUCCCCAGAUUGGAAUUCUGCGCCACACUGUGAUUUAUAACCCUCUCUCCCCAUUUAGUAGGUCAGGACUAUUUUUCCAUGCCAUUAAAUCUUCAGCUAUAAGAUGGUUUAAUGCCAAGACCUCGCAGAUCCCGGAGGGGCUGGAUGCCUGCCCAGCCUGAGUACCCUGCCUCUUGUGACCACCCUGGGGAUUGGCUGCUUCAGGACGAGGGAAGAGGUUUCUAGCAAGCCAGUCAUGAUUGUCCUGGAUUUGGCCUUUCAUAGCAGUGGCCAACCCAAUUGGAAGCUUUUCUUUCUGAAGCGCUCUCUUGCAAGGGGCUUGGAUGUCUGUCUCCCUGAGGAAAGAGGACUGCCAGGGUUGCCUCGCAGAUGGGAGCAGGAGGUUCCCGGCCACUGGUCUGGGGCCUCACCUUAUAGAAUCCUCGCCCAGGCCAUUCAGCUUCUUGCUCCGACCCAAGAACACCACGGCCUUUUAACAAGACCUACAUCUUAAUUUAUUAAGUACUCUGAGAUUUUGGGCAGGCCAUGCUCUAAGCACAGGAGCACUCACUAUUUGAAGAUGGGGAAACCAAGGCCUUCACUGUCCCGUCAAGGACAGAGUGAGAUGGUGUCUAUUAGAGAAAGAGGGAGCCCUACAGCUCCUAAGAAGUGGUGGGAAGGUGACUGUCUCAAGAGUCCCUAUGCACAGGUGGCAGGAACAACGUGAGAGCUGUUUCCGAGUUCCUGCAGGGGUUAGAAGCGUCCAAGUAGCCUCCAGGUUCCUUCUGACAACCAGAUGGAGAGCUCUCCUCCAGCUCCCAGAGUCCCAGGCAGGAAGGUCGCUUCCUUUUCAUCCAUCCUCUGAGCUAUUUCUCACCCAGACUGCAUGCAGGAAUGACCCGAGGACAGCUCGAAGCCCAGUAGACACUGCACGAGGUGGCUAUUUUGUGAUACGGUUGGUUUUACCUGUUCACACGGAGAAACCAGAAUCAGACGAUACGAACAUGCACACUCUGAACCCCAUUCGCCUUCUUUCAAUUUCAGGAAAAUUCAUCUUCAAGGAAAGAAGACACAUUCUCCCUACAGUAUCUUUUUGGAACAUUCACUAAGAGCCAGCCUGUGCUCGUGGUGGUACUUUUCCCCUCUGAGCUUCUAAAAACCAAGCUCCAAAUGGGUUGUUUGACCCUAAGAUCUGACGGUAACUCCAGUUAGAUGACGUUCUUGUUUUUCCUCCUUUA